AUGCAACUCCAUCAGAUUACCAAGUUGUUGUUUGAUGUUGCCACCGAUAGUAUGACGGACCAAGAAGCUAUAGUGAAGGCAAAAAAGAUUUGGCGAGAACGCAAUGACGUUUACGAACAAGCUUCCCGCGAUGACUCGUUAUAUGGCGAUCUCUUCGACCAAGCACUGACGAUGAUUGACGUCUCUGACGGCGUACCCCGCUGUGGAAAUUGCGGCUGGGAAGUCUACGGUGAGCAUUGCGAACACUGUGGUGUUCAGCUUCGCCAUCCAGUGGAUGAGUUUGACGCUGAUGAAGAUGAUGUGGUCUUUUCCACUGACGACGAGCAAAUACGGCUAAAUGGUCGUGACAGCUAUGAAAGUGAUGAUGGAUUCGUUGUCUCCGACGAAGAGGUUCUUGAUGAUGCUGCUGGCGAAGCUCCCUCGAUUCUGGGCGACCUGGAAUUCCAUGGUUUUCUGGAACAUGAAGCCCACACCGACAAUGAAAGACCAAUUCAACUAAGUGAUGAUGAUGAUGAUGACAGUGACAUAGAGUUUGUUGGUGACGGACACCGUGAGUACUCCUCAGGGGAAGGUCAACGCAACCACCACAUUUCGAGGGAUAGUGAGUCAAAUAUGGUCGACCUUGAUUCUCUAUCCGACGAGGAACUGUUGCAAAUCCACUCUGAUGAUGAAUAUGACCGCUAUGAUGACUUUUCUGAACGACAGAGCCAUGAUUCUUAUGAUGACGACAUCCAAGGCAAUCAUCACUACGAAAGCCACGGGCACUACGACGACAGCCCUAAUAUAUCCUAUGAGUUGGACUCAGAGCAUCUUCUGGAUGAUGAAGACCUACAAGGCGCCCUCAACAAUUUUAAUACUAAUCGCCGGCGUCGUGUCAUUUUGAGCGACACUGAAAGCGAGAGCGAAUAA